CCUGUUGCUACUUUCCUCAUACACUUUCAGUCAGAGUCGAAUUUGUUACCGUGUGAUGCAAGGAACGUGAAAUGGCCUCGUCCAAUGUGUUGCUAUAGCGUAGGGUACUUCAUAAGUAGGAGAAAGGCAAAUGAAAAGAGCCCUGGCUGAGCUCAACUUUAGGGUUGCGUACAUAUUGACGAGCAUCAGGCAAAGGAGUACGGAGAGGGGAACUAAAAGGAGGAACGAAGGAAUAAUACAAAAGCAAUACGUAUCCGGUGCAAUUCCACAAAGAAAGAAGAGACGAGAAGAGGGGAACAGGGAAUAAGUAGUAACGUUAGCAAGUAAUAGCGUCAGCGAGAAAGAAAGGAGACAGAUUUUCUGUGCGAGAAAUUUGCUUUUGUGUUUCUGCCAUCACGCAUUUGUUAAAAGAACAAUGAGGAACAUUUGGAUUAUCUGGAUUUGCGUAAUGGUGGCCUUUCUUACGGAGGAAAGGAUACGCGUGACUGCUGAGUCCCUGACGUUGGGAGACGACCUGUACCUAGACGACCAAGCUUCUGGAGACUAUCCUGUCGAUGAUGACGAUGAUGAUUUUGCUUCAGGUUCUGGUUCAGGAGUAGGCCCAGAGGAGACCGUCAAUGUGAAGAGCGUGUACAUCGUCCCAAAAGCAGAGCCCACCCAGGAACCCUCCAAAGACCUCUCAUCCAGGACAGAGACGAUAUCACUGAGAUACACACCUAGAAUACCAGCGAGGACAGAGACCCCACUCCUGCUUACUGAGGAGCCCAGCAGUACAGAGGUGGAGGUCACCAGGACCACCAGUUCCCCCCAGGUGGUAGUGGAUGAGGACAAGCCCUUCAGGGUGCACUCUGAAAACAUCCUUCAGAGAACGGAAGUGCUGGCAGCGGUUAUUGCAGGAGGGGUGAUCGGCUUCCUCUUCGCCAUCUUCCUCAUCCUCCUGUUGGUGUAUCGCAUGAGGAAGAAGGAUGAAGGCAGUUAUGACCUUGGAGAGCGCAAACCCAUCAGCUCGGCAUACCAGAAGGCCCCUACCAAGGAGUUUUACGCAUAAGGAAGACCGCUACCAGACUUUAAAGGAAUGAUGGCAGCAAGAUUACUACCCCUUUCACACCACAUUUUCAAAUAAAAUACCAGCAUUUUUCAACCAUCGAGUUUGGUGUAGAUGGGGGGCCAAUAACCAAUGCCAUUUUGGUGCCCUUUUGCUCUCAGAAAGUUAAUGUAUUUGUAAUAGUAACAAUAGCUGCUUUCUGCCACCAUUGAUGCCAUGUGACAAGAGCAGCUAAAAUGCUUCCAUUUGCAUGCAUAGAACCCUGCGUAGAAUUGCCAUGUUACACUGACCACUCGGAUGAGCUGGUCACAAAGCUUCAACAACUGCCCACACUUCAGUGACCUUUGGUAAUGCCAGCCAAGAAGCGUUGGUAACCCAGUGGACUUCAUAAAAGUCUACUUCAAGGAAAGAAAUUCACCAUAAUUGAAAAUGAAUUCCUAGGUUUUGUUGUUGGGGCUUCAUUUGUGUAUUCAGGAUGCUAAUACAUUUAAACUUCCCUAGCCAGGAAACAGUAUUUACACAGGACAACUGGCACACAUUGUGUCAGAUAAAUGUUACAUGACAGAUUUAAUUAUUGAAAUAUGAGAACUGGAGCUCCUGCUACAGGUAGUGUAUCCCACAUAUUCCUCCUCUGUGUGGGAGGACUGGAUUGAAUGCAUUGGGUGAAUAGCACAUUAAGUAGUUUUAAAUGACAUUUUUACCCUAUUUUAAUUUUUUUUCCUCAGUUUGAGAUUCUGACCCAUUCCAGCACCGCAACAUCCGCUGUCAAUUUGGGAGGGUGCACACUAGCAAGUACGUUCAGUGAAACUUGCAGCCAACCAUCCACAACUAGAACAGCUGGUGCAGACACACUCCAGUCCACCGUUGGUGUUGAGCCACUGUGGUGGAAGAUCCCUGCAGAAUAGAACCGUUCGUCCCUAGGUGAAAUCAAGACCAACUGUGUGUCAUUCCGUAUCCUCUCAGCCAUGGAUGGUACUGGCCUGGUUGCGAUUCACUCAAUCACUGAAUUAUGAACAAGUGCCUCUGUUACAUAUGGCGCUCACAAGUCCCUCCUAUCCUCUUUUCAACAAAAAAAGCAACAUUUUGCUUUGUGAAGUAGAGACCUCAUAAAAAAUAAAUAUACAUGGUACAGUAACAGCCAAUAACUUUAAAUUCUUUGAAAUUUUAAUUAAAAGUAAGGAAUUACAUUGUUCAUCAACUUUAAUAGUUACUUUGAACUGAAUUAUAAUUGGUAUGGUGCACACUAAAGAAAAUAAAUUACAAUGUAAUUCCACUGAUGUGCCAGCAUCUUUUGUUGUUUGUUGCUGCAGACAGAAAUUUAGGUCCAAUGAAGAAUAAUAGUAACUACCUUAAGUCUAAUGCACAUGAAGAUUUGUAAUUGCAAUUUUUUAAAGAAAAAGUCAACAAAGAUCCCCAAGAACAAAAUGACAUGUUAGCCAUUUCUAAUUAUCAUCCACUUCUGCCAGUAUCACAGCGUUUGUUUCUGGUGAACAUGAAGGAGUACCAAUCAACAAUUAGCUGGAAUUGUUUCAUUUGUUAGUGGUAUGAUGGGAAUGUCAGUGGACUGUGCCAGUGUUACUCAUGCUAGAGUGGCUAUUGACUGUUUUGCCUGAAAUCACCAAAACCCAAAAUACCACAUGUUGACUAGAAUACUUAUAAAAAUGGGUUUUAAAGAAAUGACAGGACACUGACCACUAGGCAUGAAGGAAAUGGCAAAUACCAGGUCUUAAUCUAAUAAAAUAACAUUGACUGCUGGACUUUAAAUAAUUAAGCAAAAAAAUGGACAACUGGACUUUUAAUGAAAUGACACAAAAGGGUAUUUUGCCAUUCUGGUCAUUAAUGAGGAACUAUUGCAGGAAUGCAGUGUUACUAUGUACGCCAAUGUAAUAAAGAUGCCUUCCCAUAUAAAAAGCCAAACAAAUGCUUUUAUUAUGACAAGCCCCUGCAUAUUUUAGCAUGCCAAUUGUUGUUUUAACUGGAAGAAAUAUUAAGAAAAAAUUUAAACAAUAGAAUGAUUUGUUGCAUGGGGAAAUCACAUCUUUAAAAGGCUGUUGUUUGUCAUGGAAUAAAUGUUAAAAGUGAUGGCAUACCCAAACUUGAUUAAAAUAUUGGUUAUUGCUUUUUAAUACUAUAUGCUAUGCAUUCAAAGUACAGUUUUUAGUAAAUGAGCUGCCUACUUGAACCUACAUCCACCGAAGGCUAGUAUUGAUGUGUGAUCACAGGGUUGAUUUGAGGCUAGGUACCUGCUGGUAGCAUAUAUAGGUUCAAUUUGGAAGUUGAACCUAUAUAAUAUUAGAGGAAAAUAUAAUAACAGAAAGCAUAUAGAAGUUCUAAUCUUCCAGUUUAGAUCAUAUUACCACAACUACUUCUUGCAAUCCUUUUAAAAUCAUGUGCUUCCAACUGCAAAAAUGGUGUCGUGUAAAACGUUAAUACAGUGGGUUCAUCAUAAACUAUAUGGUUGACUGGGAGGUCAUUUUCAUGUGAAAUUUUGAACAUUUCGCCUUCAGAUACCGAGACUCCAAUUACUCUCAGACAUAAGUGCUUACAAUGCUAGCCAUUGGCAGAUGUAUAGCAGGUUCAUGUAGACAAAAGAUACACAAAAAAAUAUUGGUUUGCAUAUUGCAUCGUAUUAAAAGGCUAAAGAGGAUAUUUACAUAGAUUUUGGUUUAAAUUUAACAAGAGGUUGAUGUUUGUAAUAAUUGGCCUGUAAUCCAUUUCCUAAAUGCUUGACAUGGCAUGCCCAGCAUUAUGUUUUCAAGAUAUCUUAAUUGAUCUGUUUUCAGGUGUCAAAUACUUUGUAGUUCACAUAAAGCUUUUAUCUUCAUAUUAAAUAAACAAAUAGUCAAUAUAACAUUUGUUUUUCUCCUCAGGUUACCACAUGUCCUUUAUCUUUUGCUUGAAUGUAUACGCUUACAGUGGAAGUUUCAUUAUAUUUUGUUUAUGUGGUUGUUUAUCCAUGACUCUACCUUAAAAUAGCUUCAAAAUAUAUAAUUUAUAUCCACAGAUGAUUGGUCUUGAAUAUCCAAUAGAACCUGGGUUCAGAAUGAGAGGUCUGGCCAGGUCACUUUACAUACAGUAUGGUACUCAUCCUUACAUAUCUACUUCAUUUGGGUUCAGUUCUCGAGUUUUGAAUGUUGGACUGAAGAAGUUCCUUUCAAUUAGGAUAGCAUUCUCUGCUUCUCUGCUGUGGGAGAGUUUAUUUUACUGGGCAGUUGAAGGCAAAGUUUUUUUACAUGAGUUGGAUUUUUUUAUAAAGAAAUUUCCAAAAUGGAAUCCUCUGUCUUUAAUAAGUUUGGGAGAAUGCAGAAUAGCAUGUCCUCAGAAGUAGCUGAGGCAGACCGGAGUCACCUGAUCAGCCAGAGGGGUUGCUAUUGCAUAAUGAAGCAGGGAAAGCUCUGGGACCGGAGCUCCUCCCUCCCUGGGUGUUGCUAUGCUAAAUCAGUUGGUACGAUUUUGUGUUUCCUGACUCAGUCAUCACAGCACUGAAUUUGAGUCCCCACUGCAGGGCACAUCACUGUGCUGGAGAUGAGCUCUUUAAUUGCACCUGGGGACCUGAUUUAUUUUCAAACAAUUGCUGUCUAGACAAAAUAUGAAUUGCUGAAACUUAGCUGUUCUCUAGCUUUUAUGUCAACAGGGUCCUAUCAAAGCAUUCCUAUUUAAAGAACCUCACUGAUAGCAGUGGACACAAAUGGAUUGGGGUGGUCAGAAUUGAGUCUCUUCCAGUUAUGAUGUAGUACUGUAAAUCCAUGUUUCUACUCAUUUUUAAAGUCUUACUUCAACCAAAUUGAAUUUUGAAGUUUAAAAUGGUAAACCUUUUAAAUGCUCAGCAAAAUCCUUCCCUCCCCCAUUCUUGACCUCUCGGUUCUUUCUCCUGAGCUGACUGGCUUAAAGAUGGAUUCAUGGCAGGUCAUAUGUCCACUAUUUCUGUGUUAUCUCUGUUCAUUUUUAACCUUUUUUAUUUGAGACCUUACCAUUUUUGUGUCCAACAAACUGAACUGUACCUGACAAAUCUAUGUAUAUAUCUAUUGGAAUAUAUAUAUUCGCAACUGUUUUAAGCCUUUGAAGUGCCUACCAUUCUGACAUGCUUGUUCCUAUCUGGGCUGGGAAAUGUCUGUACAAUAACCGUGAUUUAAUAGCUGGUAUUUUAAAAACACAGGUGACUGAUAAUAACUUUCUAAGUCUUAAAGAAAGCAGACAGUAUUGUAUCUAUGUUCAGAUAUGCACUACUGAAUAAAAAUUGUGGCCUAAUUCUGA